ACAAUAUAUUCAAUUUCGUUACAUGAAAAUGAAAUAUAUACCAUAACAAACAAACAUAGACUAAAGAUUAAAUGAAGCAAACCACCAUCCUCUUUCUGGUUCUCUUUAUUAUACUUAUCUCCAAUGCUCAAUCGAGGGACAAAAUCGUAACUUCCAAGCAACAUGUCAAGAAACGCUCACUUCUUGUUUCCGGCAAUAUUACACAGGCACAGAUGACGAUUAGCAGCUUUGAGAAGGGCGGAGAUAGUGGCAGGCCGUCUGAUUGUGACGGGAAGUACCACUCGAAUAGCGAGUUGAUCGUGGCAUUGUCUUCCAGGUGGUAUAAUAAAGGGGAAGGGUGUUUUUUUGUAAUUAAAAUAUAUUAUCAUGAUAAAAGUGUAAAAGCUAAGGUGAUUGACGAGUGUCGCUCAAAAAAUUGUCCUGAUAAUAUUGUGGUGGCGUCCACAGCCGUUUGGGAAGCACUUCAGGUGCCUCAAAGUGAAUGGGGGGAAGCUGUGGUUACUUUUUCAGUACCGUUUGAAGAUUUCCGGAGUGGCAGCAGCAGCAGACAGUCAAUUUCCUCACCGAUCAGCAGCUAUCUCGAGGUACCUCUUCUUUGAAGGGGAAGGAGCUGGCGCGGUAGCGGUCUAUCACACACCUGCUUGUAUUCCACAUUAUGAUAUCUUCUUGGGAAAUUGUACUCUGACCCUUUUAUGAAUAUGACAAUGUUUUCCGUUAUGCAACAUCUUUUGUGAAAUGAAAUGAUCGUUGAAUGAUUUAUUUCUAAA